AUGCAUCGCAGGCACACCACCCUACGAGAGAAGGGGCGUCGGCAAGCCAUCCGAGGCCCCGCCUACAUGUUCAACGAGCGUGGCACAAGCCUUACGGCAGAGGAGGAACGUUUCCUUGAUGCUGCGGAGUACGGCAAUAUUCCUGUUGUCCGCAAGAUGUUGGAGGAGUCCAAAACGCUCAACUUCAACUGCGUGGACUACAUGGGCCAAAACGCGUUGCAGCUCGCCGUUGGCAACGAGCACCUGGAAGUCACUGAGCUCCUCCUGAAGAAGGACGGAAUGGCCCGCGUGGGCGACGCGCUCCUGUUGGCUAUCAGCAAAGGCUACGUGCGAAUCGUGGAGGCCAUACUGGCCCACCCAGCGUUCGCUGGAGGUCUGAGGUUGACCUUGAGCCCGUUGGAGCAGGAGUUGAGGGACGACGACUUCUACGCCUACGACGAGGACGGAACGCGUUUUUCCCACGACGUGACCCCUGUGAUACUGGCCGCACACUGCCAGGAGUACGAGAUCGUCCACAUCUUGUUGAUGAAGGGCGCCAGGAUCGAACGGCCCCACGACUACUUCUGCAAGUGCUGCGAGUGCACGGAGAAACAGAGACGAGACUCCUUCAGCCACUCCAGAUCGCGCAUGAACGCGUACAAAGGGCUCGCCAGCGCCGCCUACCUGUCGCUCUCCAGCGAAGACCCCGUGCUCACCUCUUUAGAGCUCAGCAACGAGCUCGCACGCCUCGCCAACAUAGAGACAGAGUUUAAGAAUGACUACAGGAAGUUGUCGAUGCAGUGUAAGGAUUUUGUGGUGGGUGUUCUGGAUCUCUGUCGUGACACCGAGGAAGUGGAGGCCAUUCUGAACGGUGACGUGGAUCAGAACCCCCCCACAGAACUGAGACCCUGUCUGACCCGAGUCAAACUCGCCAUCAAAUACGAAGUGAAAAAGUUUGUGGCUCAUCCAAAUUGCCAGCAGCAGCUCCUAACCAUCUGGUAUGAGAAUCUGCCGGGUCUGAGACAACAGUCCAUCGGAGUGAAGUGUCUGAUGGUUCUGGGUGUCGCCGUCGGACUGCCCUUCCUCGCCAUCGCUUACUGGAUCAUGCCCUGCAGCAAGCUGGGGCAAAUAUUACGGAGUCCCUUUAUGAAAUUUGUAGCCCAUGCUGUCUCUUUCACCAUCUUCUUGAGUCUGCUGGUUCUGAACGCAUCGGACCGUUUAGAGGGGGUAAAGAACCUCCCGAACGAGACCAUAACAGACCACCCGCGACAGGUGUUCCGUGUCAAGACCACCCAGUUCUCCUGGACAGAGCUGCUCAUCAUGAAAUGGGUUCUAGGAAUGAUCUGGUCCGAGUGUAAGGAGAUCUGGAUGGAAGGUCCGCGCGAGUACGUCAUGCACCUGUGGAACGUUCUGGAUUUUGGGAUGCUGUCUAUCUUCGUGGCCUCAUUCACCGCUCGCCUCAUGGCGUUCCUCAAAGCGUCAAAAGCUCAGCUCUAUGUUGACCUGCACGUUCCCAACGACGACAUCCGCAGCGCAUCACUUCCUGCGGACAUCGCCUACUUCACAUAUGCGAGGAACAGGUGGAGACCAUCAGACCCUCAGAUCAUCUCAGAGGGUCUGUACGCCAUCGCAGUGGUUCUGAGCUUCUCUCGUAUCGCUUACAUCCUCCCAGCCAACGAGAGCUUCGGUCCGCUCCAGAUCUCACUGGGCCGAACCGUGAAGGACAUCUUUAAAUUCAUGGUCAUCUUCAUCAUGGUCUUCGUGGCUUUCAUGUUUGGCAUGUUUAACCUGUACUCAUAUUACCUGGGGGCCAAAUAUAACCCCGCCUUCACCACGGUUGAGGAGAGUUUUAAGACUCUGUUCUGGUCUAUAUUUGGUCUGUCAGAGGUGAUUUCUGUGGUUCUGAAGUAUGAUCAUAAGUUCAUCGAGAACAUUGGUUACGUGCUGUACGGGGUUUAUAAUGUCACGAUGGUGGUGGUUCUGCUCAACAUGUUGAUCGCCAUGAUAAACAGCUCCUACCAGGAGAUCGAGGAAGACGCUGAUGUCGAAUGGAAGUUUGCUCGUGCUAAACUCUGGCUGUCGUAUUUCGAUGAGGGACGGACACUCCCUGCUCCGUUUAAUCUGGUGCCCAGCCCGAAAUCCUUCUACUACCUGAUCGUCCGGGUCAAGUGCUGCCUCUUGAGACUUUGCAAGGGCAAAAGUCAUCUUCAUGUCAACGAGCAGGAGAUGGGGAUGCUCAACUCACGGCUGAAAGUAAGAGACUACAUCCCAAUUCACUCACUUCUGUUACAAGAGGACAACACCAUAAAGAAACCCAUUAAAAAACCCACACGCCACCAGAAGAUAAUGAAGCGGUUAAUUAAGCGCUAUGUUUUGAAGGCUCAAGUCGACAGAGAGAAUGAUGAAGUUAAUGAAGGUGAACUGAAGGAAAUAAAGCAGGACAUCUCCAGUCUGCGCUACGAACUUCUAGAAGAGAAAUCUCAGGCCACGGGAGAACUGUCUGACCUCAUUCAACAACUCAGCGACAAGUUCGGCAAAAAUGCCAAAAAACAGCCCUGAGAGAGUGAGGGGGUGCUGGGGGGGUCGCAGCGGCCACAAAACAUAUUUGGACACCUGAAUACCUGAAUGUCAAUGCAUUAGAAACUACUGAAUGAAAUUUCCUCAUGUUUUACUCACCCUCAAGGCAUCCUAAACGAAUAUGAUUUUCUUCUGGAAGAGCAAUGCAGUCGUU